AUGGAGUCACUGAUGACGGCAAGUUACAUUUGUCCUCUUCGUAAGAUCAAUCAGUCUAUCCUAGGGGCAGUUUGGUCAUUUCGACUACUUUUGGCAAAAAUUAUGGCCCAAAUAAAACUCAUAGGCCGUAAAGCAAAGAAAAGCGAUGCUGGCCUCACAGUUCAAAAUGAGAGUGGUGUGCUCAAAGUGUCUCUUCGAAGGCUACAUCCAAAAGCUUCUGAGCCUGAGAUACUCACUAAUAUGGAACAAGCCAUGUUUAGAGAAGAUGAGGUGACUAAAAAGCCACUUCGCAUCUCUGUGUUCAAACGACUAGGGGGCAGACAACCACCCCGUGUCUUAGUCUUUCAACGUUUGGAGAACCCUUUCAAUUCUCAACAAGGGAAAGUCCAUAAUAAAAGAAAAUGGAAAGUUAAGAGUCAAGAGAAAGCUGUGACCGAAACAGUCAAAAGGGUGAAAAUAAAUUAUGAUCUUGUCCAAGUCAAUUGCACCUCGUUCGAAGAAACAGUGGACAAAGAUGAUAAUCCUCAAGACAUCAAGGAAUUCAUUGACAUAGUCCAACUAGCUCCACCACAAAUGGAGGAGGGAGGUCAAGCCACAAUUGAUGAUCUGCAAAAAAUUAAUCUUGGUACAGUUGACGGCCCAAAACCUAUCUUUGUCAGUGCUUCAUCAACGCAACAAGAGUUAGAAGAAUACACACAACUGUUGCAAGAGUACCAAGACGUAUUUGCAUGGAGUUAUCAAGACAUGCCAGGGUUAGACCCAAACGUUGCAGUUCACAAACUUGGGAUACCAGAUGAGGCUCAAUGGGUGAAGCAAGCGCCACGCCGUUUUCGGCCAGAGCUAACAAUCCAAAUAGAAAUCGAGAUUUGA